UGGAGUAAUAUGUAUCAGCCAUCAUCAUCAUCAAGGACAUGUUCCUCUCUAUCUUCGAGUCUUUUUAGGUGAUCUGUUCUUUUCUCUACAAGAUCAUGGUGGCUCUUUCAAUGCAUGCUUGUGAGACUGUAAAACAUCUCUCAACACAGAUUCUCUCGAUCUCGUUUUACUUCAAAGUGUGUGUUCAUCAGCUUUUCUUUUCAAAAGUGACGGUGGUGGAAUACGUAGGACGCUACCUUUGAUCUUUGUUUAUCAUUUUUUCUCCCCACCGAGGCAAUGCCUAAGCGGUCUUUUAGAAUGUGACAACUGCUUUUAGAGUGGUGGCCAAUCAAACCCUCCGGUCAUGCCUGUGAUUGCUCCAUGCCAUUGCUGAAGAACAAAGUACUGAUUUGUUGAGAGAGGGCGAGUAUCUUGUUGGCAGGAGAACAACAAGAAGAACAUAGCCAAAGGCCUGGUUUUUUGGCAGCCCACUGUAGCCAGGUCGAGAGUUGUUAUCAGGUUUUCGCCAUACUCUGUUCCUCCUUGUCAGUUCUCGCUGCUUGUCUGUUAAUUAGGAUCGAUGGAGAUAUUCUUUCAAAACUCUGACCGGUGUUCUAUGAAUGGUUUUGGAGGAAGAUCGAAGCAAUGGGGCGGAGACUCCUCCUCCUCCACCACCCCAUCAGAACCAGCUUACAGCAGAGACGGCUCCUGGAGAGAUCUGGGAACGUCGAUGAGCGCGAUAUCGUUCGGUCUAGCUGCCACUGCGAUCCUGAUCUCCAUGUUCCUCGUCAUGGCGAUAUUCGAGCAUGUGAUCAAGCCGAGGGCGUCCUUCCUUCGUCCUCGAAGCAGCGCACCGGGCGGCGCCUCAGAGACGGAGCAGCCGCCGCCGAAUUCGAAGACAGUUUCCGCGGCGGCGGCAGCAGUCGACGUUCCUGUGCUCAUGCCGGGGCACCAGUACCCUACCUUCAUCGCCCAGCCAUCGCCCCUUCCCUGCCGGAGGGAGGGGAUUCAGUGGCCUCCCCAUGAUGCUGCUUCGCAUUGCUCCACCUUCUUGUGAAUGCGGUAGAAGACAGGGGCAUUGAGGCUGGUUUCACGCGUGCAAUGGAUUGGAAGCUGCUAAAGGAAAUCCCAACUGAUCAAAUUGAUAAGUUUUCAAGUUUAGCGAAUCUGUAUAUUAAUUUAGCAGAAAUCUAGCUCACGAUCCAGUUAAUACAGUUGAA